AUGGCCUACCCCCGACGCCUGAGCGGUACCCACCUCGCACCCAACACCCGCGCCCGCGCCACGCGCUCCUCAUCCGACGACGACGCCCAAACAGGAGCAGACUCACCAUCUCUGACACCCCCACGCCCUUUCUUCUUGUCCGGCGACACCAACAGGUCCUCCGCCUCAUCGACAGGCACCGGGGGCGCAGAGACGUCCUCGCUCGACCCGCCCUCUGACUCGGACGCGGAGAUCACCAUCCCACCACGAGCUAUACCGCAUCACCAGCGCGUGCAUGGACACGGGCGCAGGCGCUCGGGAAUGUCUGCUGCAGCCGCAUCGGCCUCAGCAGGGGGAUACGCCCCGCUGGACAACCCCUCAUCCCCACUGACACCCGCCUAUCCAACGUCCUCCAAACGACGCGGCUCGAUGACCGCGCUGCCACCAGGUGCUGCACCACCCGCACCCCCAGCGCCCGACACACCCCCUCUUCCCCCAUCCCCGCCGACCAACUCGGCGUUGUUCACCAAAGCAUUGCCCUCCAAGCCGCCCCCGUCAUCCUUUGCUUUCCCCUUCCAGGCGUACCCAGGCAACCCCGACCCCGGCCUGUCAAUCCCAGGUCUCUCGCGCCGCCGCUCGUCGCUGGACUCUGCGACGAUGUCCGGGUUAUUACCUGCAUCGCAUACGUAUGGGGACGAUGGUGUUGGUAGUGGAAGUGGAAGUUUCCCGCGCCAAGGCUCGCUCACGGACCUGCGCAAGCCCUUCGCGCCGUUCAUGGCCGGCUCAGGUGCAGCGACGCCCACGUCCGAAGGCGGCGGCGGGAACGCAUCCUCGUCGUCCCUCCCACGCUCAUCCUCCUCCAACUCGCUGUACAAGCAGAGCGCUGCGGCUCCCAUCGCCGCGGCAACCUCUGGAGCGACCGUUGGUGCAAUCCCACGCAACGCGUCGGUGCACUCGUUCCGCGCGCCGUUCCUUGCGCCGUCGUCACGCCCCACGUCGUCGUUGUGGUCCCCGCCUUCGUACGCACACCAGUAUGCGAGUAUGCCGCUCGCCUCGCCUUCGCCUACAGCGUCCACCACCGCGUUGCCAUACAACAACAAUAGCAAUGGGACAACUUACCCACCACCACUUGCGCUAGUGCACAAACCCAAGCCACCUCUGCCCUCCACUCGUCUCACCGCACCCAUCCACCCCUCCGAAAAACCAUGGCUUGCCACACGAGAACCACGCACACGCACCUCGUAUUGCCUCACGCUUCUCUGCGUCAUCCUCGGUCUCGCCGGUGCAGGCUUGCUAUGCUUCACCGGCAUCACGUCCGUGAACGUCCUCGACCCAUCACGGCUGUGCAUGGUGCUCGACGAGGAGUUCAAUGGCGGGAGUCUGGAUACGGCUGGUACAUGGAACCGCGACGUUGAGCUAGGAGGGUUCGGGAACGGCGAAUUUGAGAUGACGACGGAUUCGGAUGAUAACCUGUUUUUGAAGAAUGGGGAGUUGUAUAUUAUGCCGACGCUGACGUCGGACAAGGUGAAUAAUAUCUUGGAUGGGGGCAAGUUCACGUUGGACGGGUGUACGACGAGUAAUAAGACGGCGUGCAGUGCGACGUCGGAUGCGAGUAAGGGCACGGUGAUUAAUCCUGUGCAGAGUGCGAGGAUCAACACACAAGGGAAGAAGGGAAUCCGGUUUGGAAAGGUUGAGGUGAGAGCCAAGUUGCCCAAGGGCGACUGGCUCUGGCCUGCGGUGUGGAUGCUACCCACAAACCCAACCUACGGCGCUUGGCCACUGUCUGGCGAAAUCGACAUCCUCGAAGCGCGCGGCAACUCGCCUGCCUACCCGGCCCAAGGUUCCAACUUUAUCCGGUCCUCCCUCAACUACGGCCCCUUCCCCGCCCUAACACACACCAUCUUCGGUUGGUUCUCCCUCAAACGCGGAGACUUUGCCAAAGAGUGGCACGUCUACACGCUGGAAUGGACGGAGAGCUUCAUCCGGAUGAGCGUGGAUCGGACGACGCACACGAUGCUCGAGAUAUCGACGCGUCCGCGCGGGCCAUCGUUCUCUCUUAGCACCGCGCCAAAGGCGUCAGAGAAGAGGAGCUACUGGAACCAGGCUGGCUUUCCUCAGACGGCGAGAAAUGGGAGCGCGGCGGUUGUGGCAGUGACGAACCCGUAUGAGGGUGUGGAUGGGGCGACGCCAGCUGCGCCGUUUGAUAGGGAGUUUUAUUUGGUGGUGGAUCUGGCGGCUGGAGGCACCAGUGGGUGGUUCCCGGAUGGUAAAGGCGGGAAGAUGUGGUUGGAUGGGAGUUUGACCGCCAUGAGGGAUUUUGCUCGAGCGCAAGACACCUGGGCCGCGACUUGGCCGUCCUCACCUGAAGACCGUGCGUUCAGGAUCGACUACAUAAAGAUGUGGGAGGUAUGCCGGUAG